CUUGUCUCACCUUGAGUCAUUAGAAGUGAAUGUGUUGUUAAGCGAGCGGGGCUCGAGCUCCUGUAGUGACUGCAGCAUGGAUGAGAGCUGGUUUGUCACCCCUCCCCCCUGUUUUACUGCAGAGGGAGCCACGGCAGAGGCUAGUCCCAUGGAAGACCUCCUCAUCGAGCACCCCAGCAUGUCUGUGUACGUCUCGGCUGGCCCCCUCCCUCCGAUGGAAGAGAGCACCACCAGCCUGGCCGGCAGUGUUAGGAUGUCUGAAUCGGCAGUGCCCGCUGUGACCAGGAGCAGCAUGACCACACGAGUGACCCGAGGAGCGGCCGCACAGGCAGGUGCCCUAGCUAAAGUCACCCAGGUCUCCAGGGUCCAGAGGGCCAAAGCCCGCACUGAGCGUCGACACCUGGCACGCAAUCGCAUACAGCGCCAAAACCUUGUGCGUGAAAAGGUCCAACGGCGCACAUCCCACACCCGCAACUCCUUCCUGCACCAACCGUGCCAGCGCAACAUCUGCCACUGAGGCAUCAAAGUUUACAUUGAGGGCAUUAUUACACAUAGA